GCAAAGCGCAUGCGUGUCCCGCGAUCGCCGCAGUCCUGCCACCAUUCUUCAGUUGCACACGUUACGUCGCGCAGUCUCGACGUCAUGACCCCGCGCAAAACCAAACGACCGUAUUGCCAACAAAAAACGAGUUAAAACGCGUUUUCAACGCGAAAACCAGUGGAAAAUACCAGUUUUUAACCUAAAGUAGUAACUAGUGACUGACAGUCGUGUUUUUAUAUGCUCAGAAAGGCGUAAAACGAUAAAACACCCAUACUCUAAACCAUGUUUGACAAUAAAUCUAUGUGAAUGACAGCUCCUAAUAUUUCCCAUUGAAAAGUGUACAAUGGCAGUGCAAUGAUUAUUAAAGCCGUGCUGAUUGGUGUUUGACGGACGAGUGGAAUAUUCGGAACUAACAAAUAACGUGGAAGAUAUACAAAAUGUCGGGGUACCGACGGCGGCGCGGUCGCAGUCAACUAUGACUGCGGGGGAACGUCGACAAGCUGAGAGCACAAUAUGAUACAGCGCGGUGCAAUGGCGGUGCGGUGAUGGCGGAUGGAGGCGCGGGCGCGGGCGCGGCGGCGGACGCGGUGGCGGAGGCGGAGACGGGCGCGGUAGAGUGCGCGGCGCGCGGCGCGGCGCUCGAGAGGGCAUACGUCCACGAUGUGUACGAGCAAGCUGGCGAAGAUGGGGACGAAUCACCCAGAGCCCCAGCGCCUGGCGUGCAGGCCUUCCUCUCCGACCUCGAUCCUGGAAGUCUUGUUUGUGAUGUCGGGUGUGGCAACGGCAAAUAUCUAAGCGUGAAUCCGUCCGUAUUCUCGGUGGGCGGCGACCGAUGCACGCGACUCGCGGCGCACGCGCGACAUCACGACAAUGAGGUGGUGGUAUGCGACAACUUAUGCUUACCGUUCCGUGACGAGUCAUUCGACGCGGUGCUCUCGAUCGCGGUGGUACACCACUUUGCAACCGUGGAACGUCGCGCGAUGGCUCUGCGCGAACUGGCGAGAGUCACCAGGAUCGGUGGUCGACUAUUACUCACCGUCUGGGCCAUGGAGCACGAGGGAAGGAACUUUCAUUCACAGGACGUGUUAAUUCCCUGGCACCGACCAGCCACUUUAUGUCCACCUACACCAACGCCGAGAUUUCUCUCUGUCGAUCAUGAUCCUAACGCCGAACCGUGGAAAAGUAGAGAUGGAUCACCUGGUUCAUCAUCCCUUUCGUCGCCCAACGAAACCUGCUAUUCAUUCGUAAGAAGAGCACUGCAGCGACUAGCUGGUCGACGAUCAUUUUUGCCUUCUUGGAGCAUGGGCGCUCGAGUUCCAUCUCGCCCCUGUACCUCCCGCCCAGAACCACCAGCUGCAGAUUUACCUAUUGAACUGCGGAGAUUAGACGAAGCCGUUCCACCACGAUUGAUUACACAAUCUUCUGAAUCAUCCACUAUGAAGUCAAGAAGCCUAACCGAUAUAGCGGAUGUAGAACGUCGAGCACUCGUGCGGUCACGAUCUAGUCUGCCUAGCCUGGUAAUAGAUGAAAACGAUCCACCCCUAGAAGAAACCCCAGCACCCGAGGUUAACGAGCCACGUAAAAAACCGCGACUUGUUAAACAAAAGAAAUCCAUAAACGAAGACGACGCAGAUGAAGAUCUCGAUAAGCCUACUGAUAUGAAAAGUCUGGUCGAAGAAAUGCCUAAUUUCAAGAUACAUACCUAUAGAUUGCAAUCCAAGAAACCUGGUGUAUUCAAACAAACGUCACUUAAUGAAGAGCUAAUGUCUGUCGAAAGAUUAAGAGAAAAAGAACGCCUAAGAAAAAAUAUACAAAAACAAGCUUCAUUAAACGAAGAGUAUUUAUAUCGAAGACCAGGAGCAUUAGACUCAAUUCGGGACUCGAUAUUUUCUACAUCUGCGACGACUGCUAAAAAAUUUCAAUCACUAAAAAACGGCCUCACUAGUAAGUUCAAAACGUCUACAACGAAUAUAGAUAAAGUAACCGUGUUUGUGAGAAUGCUUCAGGGCUGGAAAAAUCACGGCCCGGUGCCAGAAGUUCCUACUCCUAAUGAUAAUAAUACAGUAAAUGAGAAAGUUUACCCGGAACGACGACAUUCUAAAGAAGAUGGAUCAGAUUCAUCAAAAGACAGCAGUCUUCAAAGUGAUACUAGUGUCGAUUCAGAAGAUAGUUUUGCAUCUGUGAUAUAUGUUCCUAAAGCUGAUGGAUCUGGAGAUCCGCUAUCACCUACUCCUCUUUCCCCUGGUCCAACAUCUCCACGUUUAAAAGUCUCUUCAGUUCCGACCUCUCCAAGAAUGAAGAGUUCACCAGGACUACCAUCGCCAAGGAUUAAACAAGCUUUCCCAUUAAUUCGUCCACCAGCAUCACCAAACGCAGUUCAAACACCAGCGGCUGUUAAUAAAAUAUUAGUAGCUCAGUACAGUUUAAAGAAUUAUUCUACAAGUACGGUGGGUACUGUGCCCUUGAAACCUCAAUCUAAGAGCCAACCAAAUUCGCCACCAAAGUCAGAAUCCGAUGAAAAUAUACUAAAACCUGAAAUUUUAUCUAUAAUAAAUAAAAAUAUACCUGUGGAAGUCUUCGAAGAAAUUGAUCCGAUUCCUCCUAUAAAAGAAGAAGAAGAAACACCAACGGAGAUAACAAAAGAACUAAUUGCAGAAAUCAAUAAAGACAUAGAAGAAAUACACAAACUCACAGUUGAAACUAAUCAAUUGAAACCAAGAGUAGUACUACAAGACGUAAAACCAUACCCAAAAAUAACGUUACAAACAGUGGCAGAAUUACCAGAAAUACCACAAUUUAAACAGAAAGUAGCGAACAAAUCUCCUACAAAUGACACUCUAGAUUCAAGAUCUGUUGAACGUAAGAGAAAAGAAAGAAUUCGACAAAUAAAAGAAAUGUUAAACAAAGGAAUACCUCCCGUAAAUAUGAAUAGGAGGCAACACUUCCCAAUAGUACGCACAACAGGUAAAGCAGAACCCAUUGCAAAAAGUCGCCCUACAUUAAUGUCGUUAGAACUUUUUAAUCCAGCUACAGAUGACAUGGACAGCGACUCAAGUGGGGUAUCUUCACCAGACUCAGUCGACAGUGUUAUAAGUGUUGUGCCUGACGAACUCCGUAAAACUGCAGUAGAAAAAGAUUUGCCAACCCUUAUCUUAGAAGAAAAUAAAGAAGAACCGACUACAGAAAAAACUCCUUGUACCUCUACGGCACCACAAAGUCUCAUUGAAGCUGCAGCAGAGGUAGCUCAUUCCUUAGACGAGGCCUGUGAAACAGUCAUUCAAUCCAGUCCUAGAUCUAAAAGACGACAAUUGGAAAAACUUGAAAGUGCUGACGCAAUCGCUAUUAUUCAAGGUAAUUCGAGUAGCAGUAGCAGUAGCUGGAGCCUGAACAAACUCUCGCCCGGUGAUUUGAGAUUAUUGGAAGAUAAAUCUAGAUCUCAAUCACAUACUAGUUCCAGUGGCAGUUCUUCCAGUUUAGAACGCCUCUCACCAGGAAGGAGAUCAAAAGAUCGUUCGCCGAAACAAGGUAGUACAAGUAACUCUACAUGGAGUUUAAAUAGGCUGUCUCCAAACAGGCCAGAAGGCCGAUCUUUAGAUGAGAACUUAAGUAAAAGUCAUAGAAGCCCUACAAGGCUCCCAUACGAUUCAGUGUCAAUAUCAAGCACAGAUUCAGAAAAGUCAAUUUCAAAAUCUGAAAGCUUCAAUAGAAUACAAAAUGAACCUUUAAUAACUUGUAAAUCAGAUAUGUUAGCAAAAGAAGAUGAUUGGGUAACUAGUCAACAGGAUAAAAAUCAACAUCUAACAGAAUUUGCUGAAAAACUAAGUGAAAAGUUAUUGCAAGAAAUAGACCAAUAUUCUAAGCGAAUAAACGAAGAAGAUUUUGAUUUACCAAGUAGUAGUAGUAGUGAAAAAAGCAUCUCUCUCAGAUUAAAACGUGAAGAGGAAGAUAGAAAUACACAAAAAAUACUGGACGAACUUUCAGACAGCUUACAACACUUAGAAGAUCCAUAUAUUAAUAAAUUGAGCACUGAAAUGCAAGGUUUAAAUAAGCUGAGCGUUGAAAUUCAGGAGAGAACCAAAUAUAUAGCAUCUAUGAAUGAUACACAAGAGACUGAUAUCAACAAACUAUUCCCUAAGUGUGGCACUAAAUCAAAAAGUAAAAAGAGAUCAAAAGAUGUGGAUCCAAUUAUUAAUAAAUACAGAGAACUAAAGAAGUCUAUGAAAGUCACUAGCGAUGAAGAUAUAUUCCUUAACAAUUGUACUAACCUGCAGUACAAUAUAAAAUCAUUAAUAGAUGAAAAAUUGCCUGACACUGAGAUAAAAAAUCCGGAUGAUGACAGUGCCAUAUCAUCAACUAAUGGAAACCCUGAAAUCACCAUCGAUUCUGGUGCUUAUGACACUAGUCAAUCCCUCGAAACUGGAUACUCAUUGGAAUCAGAAAUUAGUGUAGACUCUCUGUGCACUAGCACUGACAAAAGAUCCUCACUGAAAGUUGGACAAUCAACUGACUCCAGCGAUUUAGAUAAAAUGGAAAUAAGCCCAGAAUCUAUAACAUCAAGAUCAAGUACAAGUACAGCACCUUUAAAAUCUGGUUUCUCAAUAGAAUCAAGCGACACAUCUGCAGGUAGCGAUUGGAGUAGACGAGAUAAGACAGGGAGUACCGCUUCUCUCGGUUGCGUUAGUUUGGCUUCACUACCAUCAUGCAGUGAAUGUUCUAAAGACAGAAAAUUACUGGAAACCCGUUCAUCAUCCGAAGACACAGCUACGAUACCGGCUGUUCCCGCUCGCGCUGUACCACACGCACCACUUCUUCCUUCUUUAAGUGACGGUUCAGACAGCCUACCCUCAGAAGGAGGCGCGGUCACUUACCACAGGUAUUAUCAUGUGUUCAAGAGAGGAGAACUAGACCAACUGAUAGAGAAAUACGUGGAAAGUCUUCAUGUCGUAUCUUCGUACUACGAUCAAGCCAGUUGGUGUGUGGUAGCCGAAAAAGUACAAGUGUGGACCAUUUAGGUUCCUCAAUAUUUAUCAGAUUAGGUGCAUUACUUAUUUUGCAGACAAUUACAAUGUCUUGCAAAAAUAAUAAAAUACUUGUAAAAUAAAAUGAACAUUACGAACAAAUUGCCUAAGUACUGUCAUAAGUGCAGUGAUUACAUCCAAGUGACCUUCCUAACAAACUCUUCGAGUGUUAAGGACAUAUUCAUGCAAACGGAUCUUAUAAAUGGUGUUAAAUCCAAUGCGAAAUUGCCAAAAGCUAAGCUUUUGUUUUUUAAUAUAUUCUAGUCACUAUACCAGUUUACUAGUUGUUACCUCUAUUGUAAUCUUAAACUUCGUGCCCAUCUAUAAACGCAGCUAAAUGGGCGCUAUUCAAACAGUAAAAUUUAGUAAAUAGAUUAUAUUCCAAAACUAAUAGUAGGUACAUCUUGAAAGUAUGUAACAUGAUAAUGAUGGAUAACAUCCUUAUAAUAAAAGACAAUAAAUAACGGUGUGAAUGUAUCGAAGAUAAAAUAAACAUUGAAUUAUUAUAGCUGAAUAAGUAUAUCGCAUAAAUUUUAGUUACAGUUGUAUAAAAGUGACAGAAUCAUUAAUAUUGUAAUAUGGUAACUUGUAUGUAACUUGUUGAAUAGCGUCGAGAGCUGCGACAUCUACUGAGGGCAUUAGUAUUCUACGCGAGGUAGAACUCGUGUAUAAUGAAAACUAAGAGCUUUAAAUAGUGAAAAUUAAAUAUAUUGUAUUAUACUUCAGUGGCUCAAUAUAAUGUAAGCUAUUCGUAGCUUAUUUACUAUAACUAACAGUCAUGUUACACCUUCGUAAUAAAAUCUGUGUUUAUCUUUAUUUGUACCCUUUUCCGAAACCAAAAGUUAUAAUAUUCUAAGUUCUCAAUAAUCAUGUGUUGGUACAAAACAAAUGUUACAUAUCUAUAUAAUAAAUUGUGCUUAUCAUAAAUUAUAAUAUGACAAUAAAGACUCUAGUAAAUUGUUUAAAUAAAUACAGAUUUAUUAAAAUUACAUUUUUUAAUAAAAUGUUAAUUUUGGUUUUGGAAUACGGUAUAAAAACUUUGUAACGUUCAUUAAAAUGGCAGCUAUCGUUUCCAAUAUCCUGAGGUGGUCUCUCAUACAAAUAUUAUAUGUAAAUUGUGUAUGGGUCCAUGAUUGUUUCAUUAAUUCAAGUCGCUGCAUUACAUGUAUAUUUCAUACUAAAUUCGGACCAUUUAGUGAUGUUAGAGUUUUUAGUCGUCGUAGUUACAUAACGAACAUUCCCCUUGCAUACAUACAUAUAUAAUACUUGAAAGUACAAAUACAUACAUAAAUCAAAAUUUCAAUACUCAAUGUAUGUACCUACCGACCUACCUAUUUUAAGUGUACUUUUAAAAAAUGUCUACGCCUUAAUAAGGUAUUAAAAUUCUCCUUCCGAUUAUGUAUAGAAAGGCAAUUUAAUAUAUAUACCCCAUUAAAUAUUCAUUUACUCAUGAUAAUAUUCUAUAAAAUUUUGUUAUCUAAACGUCUCUGAAAUCUUCGUCAAAAUCAAUCCAUCGUACCUAAGUGAAAAAUAACGAAUUUUAAAAAUUCUUUUUUAUUGACGUAUUAGUUAAUAUUAAGCAAAUUAGGUAAGUUAACGCGAUAUCACAUACCUUACAGUAAUAAUAUAAAUAGUAGGUACAUAAUUAUCUCACACUAACACAGGACUAUUGUAAAAUAAUUCGGUGAACAAUAAUAAUGACGAUAUUGCUUACGCGAUAAAUAUAAUUAAUGUUGGAAAAAGUAUUCGGUAUUGUAAAUAAUCGCUAUAAGUACAUAUAUGAAGCUAUUAGAAAAUAAUUAUGUUAUCAAGAAAUCAGUGAGAUUAAAAUUAAUAUAUUAGUAAUAGUGAAUCAUGAACACAUUACUGUAGGCUUUAAUAUUACCCGUUAUACGUAGGUACAAGAAUCUCAAACAAAACAAAGUAUGUUGACGGAGUAUAUUGAGUCUACACAUUAUGCUUAGUUUCGCAUUGUCAUUAGAAUUGUACGCAAUUAGUAAAUACUAAUGGAAAUGUAGUGAAUAGGACAAACUAAUAUAUUAAAUGCACAACCGUUACUAUAUUAAUUUAAAUCUGUAUGUAAGUCUUCAUUGUGGGCUGAUGGGGCAGUGGCGCUUGCAGCUCAAUGAAUUUUAUAGCAAAAAAUAGAUUUUAAAAUAUAAUAUAAUCUAUCCAUCUAUCUAAGCCAGACCUUUAACAAGGUCCGCAAAAAAAGUACCUAGUGGAAAGGUCUCAGUACAGACAACUUUGUAACUCGUCCAAACCAUAUUUACAUAAAAAAAAGUAUUUGAUACCCACAUAACUAUAAAAAAUAUAGGACAAGCGUCAUUUAGCUAGCUGUUUUAAUAGCAGUUUAAAAUCUAAAAGAGAUAAAUACACAAGUCAAGCAAAAAAUAACAAAUUUGCAUUUACAAAUUUAAUGCGAACGUAUAAAAAUAUUAUUAUGUAUUCCUUCCUUCCUUCUUAUACUAGAUUCGCAUUAUAUAAUCUUUCAAAGAUAGUGCUGAAAUCGACCGUUCAUCUAAGUGAUAACAACUAACAAAUCGGUUCUGCCUACACCCUAUCUGAGAUUACACACAUGAGUAACAUUCCAAUGCCCCAUAAUUCAACAUACCUUUUUUAUAAUAUAAACAAUUAAAAUGUAUCAUAAAAUAAUUCUAAAUAAUGUAUAGAAUGACUAUAAAACAAGUCAGUAGUUAUCUUAACACAUAAUUACAAAUCAAUUAAAUUAUAUCAAAUCUCAAUUAAAAAAUGAACGUUUAUCAACAUAUCUAUUAUUGUUUUAAUCAGGUUUAUUGAACUGUAAGCGUCGAAAUUACAUGUUAACCUUAAAAGCAAAACAUUCCGCGUAUAGGAUAUUCAAUUACGGCUAAGAUUUUUGUAAUAAAUACUAUUUCUUUUGAUUAAUUAUAUUACUUGCCUGUUAGGCAUUAAGUUUAUUUCAAUUGGAAGUUGUGAAGUUUCUAAAGCAUAUCACUGCAAUUUGUGCAUAGAAAAAUGUAUAAUUUUCCUAUUUUUGUAUAUUGAAUUGCAUAUAAUUUUGAUAAUUUAUAAACAGGGUGUCACAGUCACAAAGGUGGGAAGAAAUGUGCACGUAGAAAAAAUAGAUAUUAUUAUGGUACUUUAUUCUCCAUGUGACCAAACUGACACCAAAUUAUAAAACGAAUAUAAUAAUUAUUUAUUAAAAAUAAGUUAUAUAGUUUCAAUUUAUUCAUAAAAACGUGAACGCCCCAAUAAACCUGCUUUAUAAAUUAGGCAUGUUUUGUCAUCUUUCACAUUGAAUUUUGGUUGAAAGAGAUAAAACACUUGAAUAGCUAGAUUUAUUAGACGCUCGUCGUUUUUAUGAAUAAAAUAGUUAGGCAUAUUAUGUUCAGGGUUAUUAUUGUGUAAAUUAAUUUACUUUAAUUUAGUAAAUCAAUUUAUGUGUAAAUAUAUAAAUUUUAUAUUGCUGAAAUAUUUCACAUUGGCUUAAUCUGUGAUAUAUAAUAGAAAUGGCACAGACCCUAUUAAUUUCUGAUCUAGCAAUUACAUAUCUGAUAUACUUACCAUUUUCAUUUUUUUAUCAAAUUCUUAAAAAGUGUAUUAAUGAAUGGAUAUUAGAUAAUACUAAAUUAAUAUCUCUUUACAUAUAAUACCUAAAAAUCGAAUAGUUACUUUGACUUUAUGGGACUGUGUAAUGUUAAUUUUUAGAACUGCCUGAUAUUACAUAGAUUUGCUACUUUUUUUUUCAUUAUUAGCAACAUUUAAGAAGAUUUAUAGUAAAAUUGUAAUACCACAAAGUAAAUAGAAAUACAUAACUAAGGAUACGAAACAACGCAUGUUUAGGUAAGGAUUUAAAGUUGGAAACAAUAUAGAACGAAUUAAUUAAUAAUUUUAUUUGACAAUUUUUAUUCUAUAUUAAUUAUAAAGUUCACUGUAUUUGUAACAAGUGUUAAAAUAUUAUACGAUUAUGCAGUUCCCUAUGUAUAUUGUAUGCGACUGGGACGAAGAAACUAGCAGAUUUUCUAUCAUUACUGUAAUACUAGUGACCAAUGUAUAUAUCUUUCUUACAGCAAUUAUUCAUAAGUAUUAAAACCUCCUAUAAACCUAUUUGAACUAUUUGAAUGUUUUGUUACUGUCUUUCAACUUGAGAGUUUAACGCAAAAGAAUAGGACAGAACACUUUAAUAUAAAAAAGUGGUUUAUGGAUCGUUUGACGCUUUUAUGAAUAAGGCAGUUGUGUAUACAUACUUACCUAUAUUAAAUACUAAUAAUUUUAUAUAACAGUACUAAUGUAUGAAAUGUUUAUGAAUUAACAAACACUUACUUGAAAAUUUCCAUUUUUGAAUCAAGUCAUUCUUAUUUUAAAGAUUUGAAUUCUUGACAUUUGUAAUGUUUCGUUUAUUUUUUUAUUUAAUUUCUACCGCUGGCUUCCUGGUCCCGUUGCGAUAUUCCUAACAUCCCAAUUUUUACGAAUCAUCGAAUCACGUUCACUUGCGAAUACUAACAAACGUGGUGUAAUGUUAAAUAUAACGAAAAUACAGUAAUACAUUGUAAGCUUACGUACUGUACCUAUACAUUAUACUAGGUGACAACCUUCACAAUAAAAUGAAGACUUCAAGA